GCCGCCGCUCAGCCGCAGCUUCGCGCACACCCCCCCCGGCUGGGGCGCGAGCGGAGGGAGCCAUCAUCAUCAGCCGCCAUGGAGCCACCGGGGAACGAGUCGCUGCCCCCGCCGCCCACCUUGAGCCCAGCCGUUCCCCCUUACGUGAAGCUGGGCCUGACCGUGGCCUACACCAUCUUCUACUCGGUGCUCUUCGCCUUCGUCUACGCCCAGCUGUGGCUCGUGCUGCGCUACCGGCACAAGCGCCUCAGCUACCAGACAGUCUUCCUGUUCCUGUGCCUGCUGUGGGCCGCUCUGCGCGCCGUCCUCUUCUCCUUCUACUUCCGGAGCUUCGUGACAGCCAACGCGCUGGGGCCCUUCUCCUUCUGGCUGCUCUACUGCUUCCCCGUGUGCCUGCAGUUCUUCACCCUCAGCUUGAUGAAUCUGUACUUCGCUCAGGUUGUGUUCAAGGCGAAGUCCAAGUAUUCACCCGAACUCUUCAAGUACAGAAUCGCCAAGAUGUCUUUAGCCAAUAUCUACCUGGAAUCCAAGGGGACAUCAGUGUGUCAGGUGACAGUAAUAGGGGUCACUGUCAUCCUCCUGUACACAUCGCGGGCCUGCUACAAUCUGGUGGUUCUAGGGCUCACCAACAUCAAGAGCAUCAACUCCUUCGACUACGACUGGUAUAAUGUAUCUGACCAGGCUGACCUCAAGUCGAAUCUGGGAGAUGCGGGCUACAUCGUAUUCGGGGUGGUCCUCUUUGUGUGGGAGCUACUGCCUACCUCACUGGUGGUGUUCUUCUUCAGAGUCCGCAGGCCAAUGCAAGACAAGAGCGGAUCUAGGAUUCCUGGACACCUCUUUUCCUCAAGGGGUUACUUUUUUGACAACCCACGCCGCUAUGACAGCGAUGACAACCUUGCAUGGAGCAUCAUUCCACAAGGAGUUCAGACCAGUUUGCCCACAGAAUCUUAUGACUGGGGCACCCAGAGCACUGGCAUUGUGACCUACAUUGGUACAGAAGAGUUGCACCCAGCUGCAGCCUCAGGGCAACUGGACCCCUACUGACCUGGCUCUCCAUGUGCACCUGGGCAUCCAGGAACAUGCAGCUCUCCUUCCAGCAUUGCUGGAAGGCUUCUCCUUGUGCAUUCUAAUGUUUUGUGUCAAUUUGCCAUAUCACGAUGCUGGUGAUCUUCCUGAGCUUGGCAUCGGCCAGCAGCUUCAUACAGAUGAGCUUGAUGAAUUCUGGCGAUGUGCGCAAGGGAGGGAAACGGAACUGCCUUCACGAUGCACAACCACACUUUCACAGAUACAGUUCACCAAACUCUCCACUCCACGUUGAAACCGUCACACUACAUGCAAACACAACCUUCUCUUGUAUUCACUUCUACCGGAGGAGUAAAUGCUCAACAGAUGAACAAGUCACCAGUUGCCGCAGUUGGGUUGCAGUGUUGUAGCUUCGGGAAAAGAACUUGAUUAAUCUGAACUGUCUCUUGAAACAGUGCACUGAAGACCACUGACCUGCAUAAACUAAAUAUUAUUCUCACACUACUCAUAUCAGAGGGAAAGAAACAGCAUUUCAAUCAUAUACGUAAAAUGCUUCAGUACUUAUCAGCAGUAUAUAUUAAAGUAAGAUAAGUUUGUAGGUUACAUUUAAGAUCACUGCAUCUGUUACACUACAUCUGUAAAAUUAGUACUAGUAAGUCACACUGACACAGAAUAAAAAGGGUUAGUUGAAGGGGCACAAACUGACAACCUGUGAACCUGUGCUGGCCAGUCAGUUAUCACCUUGACAUGAUUAGCAAAUGUUUUCAAUACAGUCAAUGUAUCUAGAUAUCAAUAUCUAGACAGUAUCUGUGAAAGCUGUAGAAUGUCAUAUCAAAAUGUAGAUAAGCUACAGAAAAGGAUAAAUAGAAAUUUUCCUUUGACAAGCAGCUCCUCUAGCUGGGUUUAAGAGAGCAUGAUUUUUGUACACUAUAUUUGAUAAUAAAAAAAAAAACACUAGUUCAUUUUGUACACAAUAACCCACAACAAGGGCCUGUUAUUUAGACAAUAAAGUAAAUAUGGCAGUCAGAUUUAUUACAUGUGUAAAUGAAUGGAACUGUAAGAAAAUGCACAAAGUCUGUUUAUGUACCUGCAUCACACCAGCUUUUUGGCUGAUGUACUUCUGGUAGGGAUUGGGCUGCCAGGGUUGGUGGGAGUGGAAUUAUUUUAACGGAAAGGUUUUGCAUGCCAAUACAUGGUCUACAGGCCACUAGCUCCCACCAUGCAGUACUUUCCACUGACAUGGCUGGCAGCAUCCGGGGAAUCACUGUGCCCUCCUACUUCUAAGGGAGACGGAGCAGUGAGCCAUGAGCUCAAACCUGUGGAAAGGGAUGUACAUCCAGAAUACAAAGUAUGUGUAUGCAUUCAUGUUUUCCUAUGUUCCAGUAAGAAGCUGUUUAGUAUUUAAAUGUUAUUUUGCACAGCAAACCUGUCUAAAUUUACCACUUAAACCAUUCCUAUCACAUGCUGAAAUAUAAAGCUUUUAACUGUUUAAUGUGGUAAAUCAAUUUUUUUCAGUUGAAUGCAACGGCAGUUAAGAUUGUCCAUUUAUUUUUUCCACAGACAAUGGAUUAAAAAAAAAAAAAUAAAAUUCACUACAGUUGUUCUAGAAAGGUCUAUUGAUUUUCUAAGCAGGAAGAGAUGUCACGUCUCAUUUCACCUUCAGCUUUUGUAUUUCCAUGUGUCGUGGUGCAUACUGACAAGAGCAUUGAAUAAA